ACCAAACCAACCUCUAACCGACAUGUCAAACCCACCAACCCUAAUAUUCAUUCCCGGCUCCUGGCACAAACCCAUCUGCUACGACCCCGUCAUAAAACUCCUCCAAGACCAACAUGAUCUGAAAUGCAUCGCAAUCACACUCCCGUCUACGUCGGGAGACCCCGCAGCUACAUUCAAAGAUGACGUCGAUGUUGCGCGCGCCGCUAUCGCGGAUGAAAUCAGCCACGGUCGGAAUGUGGUUGUCGUGGCGCAUUCGUAUGGUGGGAUGGUGGGGAACAGUGCUAUCAAGGGGUUUGCGAAGACGCAGCAUCAUCAGUAUCAGCAGCAGCAGGAGGAAAUUCGAGAUGUUGAUGCCGACGUCGACGCCAACGCUAACAGCAAUACCACUGGCAUUGCCGCAGACAGCGAAACACAACAAUCGACAUCGGAUAUAACAGACACAAACACACACAACGACACAGCCCACGGCAACAUAAUCGGUCUAAUCCUCAUCGCCUCCGGCUUCACCCUAACGGGCGUCGCAUUCAUGGACCCAUUCCUCAGCCGCCCACCCCCCAGCUGGCGCAUAAACCCCUCAACGGGGUACGCAGAGCUUGUCACGCCACCCGAAGAGUACUUCUACCACGACCUGCCCCCGUCCUCAGCCGCGUACUGGACAUCGCAGCUGACGACGCAGAGUCUCAAGGCCUUGUUCGAAGGCCGGGAGUACGCGUACGCGGGGUGGCGCGACGUGCCGACCUGGUAUAUCGGGACGGUUGAGGAUCGCGGGUUACCGGUGUUGGCGCAGCGGAUGCAAGUGGGCAUGGCGAGGGAGAUGGGGGGGAGGGUGCAGCAUCGGGAGCUGCAGACGAGUCAUUCGCCGUUUCUGAGCCAACCCGGGGCGACGGUUGGGAUUAUGGUGGAGGCUGUUGAGGCGUUUGUGAGGGAGGUGGGAGGGGAUGAUGGGUUGAUCAGGGGGAGGAGAGAAGGUGGACGGGGCGAAGUGGUGGCUGUUCGUCCGGAGGCGACACUCUGGAGGCCAUUAUCUUGGUUCAAGUUUGGAUUGCCACUGGUUUUGGGCCAUGUGGUGGGAAGGGGUAUUCUUGCAUUUGCCUGGGGGAAGAGGGUAUGGAGGUCAAGGCUUGGGUUGCGUAGUGUUUGAUGUUAGAGGUGAGAGCUCUAUACUAACCAGUCUCCACUCUACAGGCGUUAAAGAUUUAUGAAGGAUUGUAUGAUUAGGAAGAAUUAAUCAAGAAACUGCAUUGCAAGAAUAUUUCUAGUCAAAGUAGAUGUUUGAGAAUUCCUAGUUUCCUUCCACCGAACGGUGCUGGCCUACGUCAAC